CCCUCUAAGCACAUCGCCAACCCUCGACGCCUGCUCAUUCUCACGCCAACAUCCCAAUCCCUCUCAACAAUACCCCCUCUCCUCCACUCUCUCACCGGGGUACCCGUCCACGACCCCCCGCAACACGAAACCAUCCCAGAAACCCCAGCAUCUCCGUCCGAUCCCUCCUCGCUCGCAGCCCCAGCAACCACAACCUCCUUCGCAGGCUACACAACCCACAGCCCUCUCCGCCUUGCCACAAAAUACUACUCUGCCGAAAUUCCUCUCUGGGUUGACGAGAUACCCCUCGCAUCCACCGACGUCGUCGCCUCACAGUGGCGCACCGAGUUUCUCAGCGACGAAGCCGAGAUUGUCCGCGAUGCUGUCGGCGCGCUCGUCGUGUGUGCUCAAAAACCGGAGUCCAGCACUGCACCCGAUGCGCUAGAUUCAAAUAUUGCGCGGCGUCCAGACAUCCGCGCACUGCUGGACCUGAUGCGGGAUGUUGGAGCAGUAAAGGGGCGCAUUGAUGAGGAGCGCGGCGGCGUUGGUGAUGUGCCGGGUGUGUUUGUAUUGUUGGGGAGUCGCAAGGCUGGCGUGUCGGUGUCUACGGCUACGGCUCCGUCUCACAGGGAUGCAGAGUCAGCGCUGGGUGUGGAUCAGGAGGAUUUGGGGGAUGGUGCGAUAGAUGUGCCGCUUUCGGUGGCAUGGUGGGAGGAGCAGCUGUUUGAGUUGGGGCUGUUUGGGUGGGAGAUUAUUGAGUGGGAUCCGCAGGAUCAGGGCAGUGUGAAGACAAGGAAUAUGUUUGGAGAAUUGGAAGGCAUGCCACGCAUCAAGGAAGUGCUGGAAACGCAUGACUGGAGUGCGGCAGGUGGGCUGCAGGAUCUUGAUCCCGAGGCAGAUUCUGGAUUCGACUUCGAUGAUGACCUCGAGAAAGAGUUACUUAGUUUCGAUAGGUCAAUGCAUACACGCGGUUUUGGCCAAGAGGUUCAGGAGCUCGAGCGCGAGAUGUUUGGACUACGGAUGGCUAUUGAACGUGGUGGUGAGUUUGGGGACAAUGAGGAGGUUGAGGAGGAUGAGGAUGAAGAGCUCAAGGUUGAGUCUAUCGAGGGUUUGAUGCUGCAGAAUUCGUUGCAAUUGGGUACAAAUGCUGAUACAGAUGAAGAUAUGGGCGCUGAGUUACCGGAGAAUGAGCGCAAGAAGUUCGCUGCGAAGGCCGUGCAAAAUAUCAUGCGUGACCUAUAG